AUCUCGAAGUUGUAGAUUCAUUUUAAUAAAUGUUCAUAGCUUUUAUUUGCUCAGCCCUAUCUGGUUCUUGUAUUUGUCUCCCAGUUGUUUUUGUUUUCUAUCCUUCUAUACAGCCAGAUAUAUACAGUAGUUCUGCAAACAGCUCAGCAGCUCAACUGCAGAGUUCAGCUCAGGUGAAGGUUGUAAAUAGGAAGGUCGGGCACGUACUGUAUCCACUGCAUCUGUCCCGUGCAGUCUUAUCCUAUCCAAUCCAUCCAAUCCAUUCCCAUCGAGAAUUUACCGACUCGAAGCGAACAAACGAACGGACCGCUUCAACCUUCUUCUGCCUAAACUGAAGAGGGUACCUUCGACGCCGGCACCCGCAAGAUCACGACAUCACCGCAUACGAGAGUUGAGAAGGAGAGGACUCGAGACGGAACGACACAAGACGAGGCGAGACGAGACGAGACGAACCUACGAACCGAUGAAAUAACUCUGUUUAAUGGAACUCGAGGU